AUGGCAUCAAACUUGACUCCAUCCUCUGGUCAAGAUUCAACUACCCAUUCUCAAUCAAGUAGAAGUAAGACCGAUCCUGCACGGGAGCAUGUUUCUGAAGAAAGAUAUGGAAAUGGAAGGAGAGCUCUUAUUUGUUUGUAUUGUAAAAAGAUUACAAAAGGUGGAGGUAUUCAUAGAAUGAAACUACAUCUUGCUGGAGUGAAAGGAGAUAUUGGUCCAUGUAAAUCGGUUCCACCUAAUGUCAGAUUUCGCAUGGAAAAUUCUUUGCAAGAGUUUGUGAAUGCUAAGAAAGCAACCAAAGAAGCAGAUGAAUAUAGAAAUCCUUAUGGUCCUAAUGUGUCACAAUUUGAAGGGGAUAUGGCAGAAGGUGAAGAAGAGGUUCAAGAAAUGCAAAGUCCUAUGGCAGCUAGUAGUGGAAAAAGGAAAAAAUCAACAGUGGAUAAGUAUUUUGCACCAAGAAAUACACAAGGAGCUCAACCUUCCAUGAGGAGUGUGCUAGCUGGGAAAGAAGCUACUUGGAGAGCGGAUAUGGCGGUUGGGAGAUUCUUUUAUGAUGCAUGCAUUCCUACUAAUGCUAUGAAUUCCUUCUACUUCAAGCCAAUGUUGAUGCUAUAUCUGCAAUUGGAUGCAACUAAUUUGUUUCAGUUAUUUGAUGAGGUGAUUGAAUGGGUGGGUCCACUCAAUGUAGUUCAUGUAGUGACUGAUAAUACAGCAAAUUAUGUGGCCGCGGGGAGAUUGAUUUCUCAGAAGCAUAAACACAUUAAUUGGUCACCUUGUGCAGCUCAUUGUCUUAAUUUGAUCUUUAAGGAUAUUGGUAAGAUAGACCAUGUUGCUGAACUUGUAAGACGUGCAUCAAAGGUGACAAUUUUUGUGUAUAAUCAUGUUGCUUUGUUAAGUUGGUUGAGAAAAAGGGAAGGAUGGACAGAGAUUCUGCGACCUAGUGCAACUCGCUUUGCUACUACUUUCAUUGCACUCAAGAGUCUUCAUGAUCAUAAACAUGACUUGCAAGCUUUGGUGACUAGUAAGUUCUUUGUGGACUCUAGAUAUUCAAAGGAUUAUAAAAGCCAAGUUGCAGUUUCCAUCAUCUUGGAUAAUAGAUUUUGGAAUGAUUGUUUGAUUGUUGUGAAUCUUAUGUCUCCACUAAUGCGUUUAUUGCGUAUUGUUGAUUGUGAUGAGAGGCCUUCGAUGGAAUAUGUGUAUGAAGGCAUGUAUAGGGUUCGUUUGGGCAUCAAGAAAUUGUUUAACUACAACGAAAGACUAUACGAGCCUUAUACAGAGAUCAUAAAGCAACGUUGGGAUCAACAACUAAAGAAAAGCAUUCAUUCAGCAGCUUAUUGGUUGAAUCCAUGUUUCCAAUAUGAUCAGGAAAACUUUUGUAAUAAGCCAAAUGUUAUUGGAGGUGUUAUGGAUGUUAUUGAUCAAAAAGUUCUGAAAGGCAAGAUUGAAACAAUGAAUGAAAUGAGGUUAUUUCGUGAUCGAUUGGGAAGUUUUGGAAGAGACCUUGCUUAUUCUUCAUGUGAAAAGCGAGAAAUCAUGUAUGACCAUUUGUUGGACAAUGGGAUAGCUAGAAAUUAUGUGCGAUGGUUGAUGCAUGGGGAAUAUGAGUUUUGCGAACCUACAAAUACUAGCACUAAUGAGUCUGAUAUGCAUGAUGAGAUGCAAGAAAUGUUAAAUGAUGCAUUUGGAAUGCCAAUGCCAAAUGAGGAAUCUGAAAGAAGUCGACAUGUGUAUGAGGAGUUUGAAAAACCAAAUGAGGAUGCAAACAAAUUUUAUAAUUUGUUAAGCAGAGCAAGAACUAUAUCCAGGGUGUAA